AGCACCAAUGUUUACAGUGGUGCCUCCAUAAUACCAAUAUUUACAAUGGUGACUUCAUAGUGCCAGUGUUUACAGUGGUGACUCCAUGGUACCUAUGUUUACAAUGGUAGCUCCGUAAUAUCGCUUUACAGUCGAGUCCAUAAUUCCAGUGUUUACAAUGAGGGUGGACACGGUGUGGCCUGAGUUACCAGAAGAUAAAGAAGAGAGAAUUUACGCCGGAGAUGAUAAGUUUACGAAAUGUGUUAUCUUCUGCAAAUAGAUUUUGCACAAUAAAACAAACCGGAGAGCGGUAUAUUACAACAGCCGCAGCGCCACUCUGUUUCAGACUCACCCAAGCUGUUGCAGGUGAACCCUUGAAGAAAAAGAAGAAACUGGAUCCAAUGCUGGUGCGUCACAAGGAGGAGCGCAGGAAAAAGAAAAUUGAGAAGGCAAUCCGUCGCUUAGAGAAGAAUGCUGGACAGCUGAAGCCACUUGAAGAACUUGAGGUCCCACGCACUGUUCUCCAGGAGAUAGAGAUUCGCAAGCGACCCACGAGUCCCAUGUUAGAGGAAGUUGAAGAGGAGCGGGCCUCCCUGUUUAAGAAGUGGUCAAAAUACAAGUACCAGCAACACUUCACGGAAGUCAAUAUGAUUGAGACCAUUAUUGCCUCUAGAGAACGAGCAUUAGAGGAACUCCGGCUUGAAUCAGAGGAUUUGUGGUUUGAGGCUGUUCAGUUGGACCAAACCCUGCUACCAUUCACAGCGAAGGGUCCUGUUGCUACUCCCCCGAUUAAAGAUUAUGAGUCUCCUGAUGGCGAGUAUAUUGACAAGACGCCUACGUGGGAUUAACCUUCAAUAUUUUAUUAAAGAAAUGUACAUGGUAAGAUGAAUCAUAAAGUAGAACAGCACUGAUAUUGUAGAACUUGCCUCAUUUAUGAUAGGAAGUAAAAUACUGCAUAACUAGUGAAAAAAUAGUGAAAUUCGAGUGCUUUUGUGAUUUCUCACAUUAUCAAGGAACUGUUCCUUAAAUAACAAAAACAGGCACAAUACCGUGACUGGAACAAUACACAAAUAACCCGCACAUAGAAGAGAAGAGCUUACGAUGACGUUUCAGUCCGACUUGGACCAUGUAUGACUUUGUAAAUGGUCCAAGUUAGACUGAAACGUCGUCGUAAGCUCCUCUCUUCUGUAUGCGGGUUAUUUGUGUAACUGUUCCUUGAUAAUAUGAAAAAAUCACAAAAGCACUUGGAAUAUCACUUGUUUUUCACAGUGGUUAUUCUGCAUACUAUGCUGUCACCUGAUUACUGUGAUCUUAUUGCAUCAGUACUUAGGUUUGAAUAACUACAAUAUAUUGUAUUCAUAGAGCAGUAACUAUUUAAAUAUUUCCUGAAAGGAUUGUAGGCUAACUAAUGAAUAUCAAUUUGUUAUUUUUUGAGACAAGUGGGAGCUACCAUAAAUGAUAUAUGCAGUAAAUGAAUGUAUGAAAUGAAAUUAUAUGAUAUGUAGUUAUAA